CGACCUCAACGGAGCAAAGACCAGAACCUGGAGGACUCCAUCAGACCAGAACCUGAAGGACCACAGCAGACCAGAACCCUGAUACGGUUACCUGAACUCACCUGAAGCUGCCGGUUCACACAGCACACCUGAAGCAUCCCAGACCAGCUCAGUCCAGCACCAGCACCAGCACCAGCACCAGGACCAGGCUUCAGUAUAAGACCAGGACUUUCUUCAGAACCUCAGGACCUGAAGGACCAGAACCACCAGAGCCACCUGAAGGACCGCCAGAACCGCCUGAAGGACCAGAACCACCAGAGCCACCUGAAGAAAUACCUGAGGGACCAGAAAUCAUCAGAACCAGGACUUGCUGAAGACCAGCUGAAGAUCAGGACCAGAACCACUUGAACCAUGACCCUGUCUCCGGUCCUCCUUGUCCUCCUGCAGGUCUGCAGCCUCCACCUGAUGGCGGUUGCCAUGCCGACCUGUCAGCUGGAGGGAACCUUGGUCCAGUCGGCCCACCGCCUGCUCAGGGACCUGGGGGGGUCGUUUCCUGCCCACUGCCUGACAUACAACGCCAACAUCUCUUUUCCAGACUCCGCCUUCCCUGCUGCGAAUGCCAAUCACAUGCAGUGCCGCCGAGCAUUAUGGGUGGUGUAUGAGUCACUGCAGGAGGCGGAGCAAAUGUUUGAGGAUCAUGAGUUACCUGUCGGAGAGGGAGGAGUCACCUGGGAUCACGAGAAGUUCAUCAAAUUCCGACACCUGCAGCACCGACUGCUGGAGAAGGGGAGCUGUUUGUCCAGUGUUGAUGGUUCGAGUGUUUUAUCUUCUUACUUCAGUAACGUGACAGCAGUUCUGCAGCAGCAGGACAGCGCCGCCUGUGGUUGGAUGGCUCUGAGGAGAGAUCUGCUCAGGGUCCUAGAGUCCACCCUCUACAACCACCACACUUGUUUCACCUGGAGAGAAGCCCACUGAGGACCAUGGCCACGCCCACCGACGACAGAGACCACGCCCAUUGACGACACUGACAAUAUUUAUUAUUCAUCUACCUAGUUAUCUUUUUAUUUAUUUAUUUAUGUAUCUAUUUAUUUAUUAAGACGUGUUUUAUAUUUUGAUACCUAUAUUUUAUUUUUCUGAAAUAUUUUUUUAUUUAAAUUCUGUUCUGUUCUGUUUGUCUCAAUGGUCCAUCCAAACAUAUUAAAGCAUCAU